AUGACUGAAGCUGAAAUCAACCAGUUCAACUGCACUUCUGACAACAAAGAUGAAACUGAAGCUGAAGACAAUGAGUAUAAUGGGAAACUUCAAGACGAUCAAGUCUUUGACCCUUAUUUUGGAAAUGAUGUAUUGGACCAUGAUAGUUUUUAUAACUCGAUUACUAACUCUAUGUCUUCUUUUGAUGAUGAAGUCUUAGAUGCGGAAAAUGACUCUGACACUGCUGAAACUGAUACCAACACUGACCCUGCCAAUAUCGUGGAACAGAUCAUGAAAGAUCCUAUUGCAGAAUGCCACUCUUUUCCUGAUUUGCAGACCAUGGUACUUUGUGCUCUUGUUGAUGGCAACAAUGACAUGGUUUCCCAAAGAAUGAUGAAGAAGAUUCUGUUUGCCAUGAACACGAUCAGCAAAAUCCAGGCCGACACCACUGAAUAA